CCGCCUGCAGUUCCCGGCGGCCCCGGCCGGGCGCGCUGCCGGCAGCAUGGCGGGGGAGGCGGGCGGCGCCGCGCUGGGCCGCGCUGCCGACAGGCUCUUCUCGCUCAGCGGGCUCUUCGCCGUCCGCAAGCCCAAGGGACCCACCUCGGCCGCCGUGCUCAACCUGCUCAAGGAGAGGCUGCUGGCAGAAGCUGGUGUGCAAACAAACGGGAACAAAAGAAAUCAGGUUUUGAAAAUUGGACAUGGAGGAACUUUGGACAGUGCAGCCACAGGAGUUCUGGUGGUUGGUAUUGGAAAAGGAACAAAAAUGCUGGGAACUAUGUUGGCAGGUUCCAAGAAGUACACUGCCAUUGGAAUGCUGGGCAAGGCUACUGAUACAUUAGAUGCUACAGGAAAAGUAACUGAAGAAAAACCUUAUGACCAGGUAACAAAAGGAGAUCUUGAAAAUGUUUUGCAGAAGUUCACAGGGGACAUCAUGCAAGUUCCCCCACUCUAUUCUGCUUUGAAGAAGGAUGGAGAAAGGCUUUCAACUCUGAUGAAGAGAGGGGAAGCAGUGGAAGCAAAGCCUGCUCGGCCAGUGAGAGUGUACAGCCUUUCUCUCCAGCAGUUCCAGCCACCACUGUUCACACUGGAUGUUGAAUGUGGUGGUGGCUUUUAUGUCAGGAGCCUGGUCAAUGACAUUGGCAAAGAGCUCUCCACGUGUGCCACGGUGCAGGAGCUGACCCGCACCAAGCAGGGGCCCUUCACGCUGGAGGAGCACGCCCUGCAGGAGGACAAGUGGACAAUUGAUGAAAUUGCUCGAUCCCUGGAGCACUGCACAGCCCUGCUCCUGGGAGAGCCAGCGCGGAAAAAAUUGAAGACAGAGCAUCCUGGUGAAACUGCUGGGAGCUGUGAGCAUAAGUGAUAAGUUGGUUCAAGGAGAAAGACUGAAUGAUUGAGAUGUUUUAAGAUUGGAUUGGGAUUGUCUCGCCUCCUGUGUAAAUCUACAAGUCUCUGCUGGGAAGGUGACAAACUGCAACACAGGAGAAAUGGUUCUUUUGUUUCCUGGGGUUAGAAUGUGCACUGAAAAUAACCAGUGCUAACUGUUUCUUGAUUGUUUAUUUUCCUUCUUGCACACUGUAACUGAUGCCAAAUUCUUACAGACUUUUCAAGAACUUGCAGGGUGCAAGAUGGCUGCUGUUGCGAAUUCAUUAAUAAAAAAAUUAUAAACUACAA